CCCUCCCUCUUCUUCUCACAACCACAUCCCCAUCUUCUCACCUCCACCUCCACUCCUCUUUGUCCCGCAACGGCCUCUCUUGAACGGAAUCCCUGGCUCCCUGUACCUGUUCAUCGUUGGAAACACCUCCCCUCCCCCCACUCCCGCACCGCCCGUCCUCCCUCACUCCUCUCUCGAUAUCCCAUCAUGUCCAACGAAAUCACCUCCGCACCAGCACCGACAGAGGCCCCCGCCUACGAAGUCCGCUCCAGUCCAGCACACGACGACCUCUCCCACACUGCUGGCUCUCUCCCGACCCUUCAAGCGGUCUACGAAACCCUAUUCACGAAGGACGGAUGGCUCGGUGACUACGACUAUGGCUUCCUCUGCAUGCCCACGAUCCCUUGCAUGAACCGAAAGAGUGCUCGCCAGCCGCCCUUCUUUGGUCUCAAGACCAAGCUUCCAGCCUUGCUCGCCCUCGUCAUGGGUUUCCAGCAUGCGCUUGCAAUGAUUGCAGGAGUUGUGACCCCGGUCUUGAUCAUGUCGGGCCCCGGCACAGGAAACAUGAACCUCGACACUGCGACCCGCUCUUACAUGCUCUCGGCCUCGCUGAUUUCGUCUGGAAUUCUAUCGCUUAUUCAGAUCACUCGCUUCAGGAUCUUCAGCACAAAGUACUACAUCGGCACUGGACUUUUGUCUGUCGUCGGCACUAGCUUCAACUUUGUGCCUACCUUUGGCGCCAUGACCACUCGCAUGUAUCUGACGGGUCAGUGUCCCACAGGCCUUGCACCCGACGGCGUGACACCAGUACAGCUGCCAUGUCCCGAGGCCUGGGGUGCGUUCCUCGGCACCUGUAUGCUCUGCUCCCUCAUCGAAAUUCUUCUCUCCUUCCUCCCACCCAGGAUCAUGAAGAAUCUCUUCCCACCAGUCGUCACCGGAGUCACCGUCUUCUUGAUUGGCGCAAAGCUGAUCGGAACAGGACUGACCCAAUGGGCCGGUGGUUCCGGCCCCUGUAGCGCCAUGCCCGCCGAGGGAUUCUUUUCGGUCUGCCCGAAUCUCGGCGCACCUAAUGCAGCGCCCUGGGCUUCGCCUCAAUGGAUCGGACUUGGCUUCCUGGUGUUCAUGACAAUCAUGUUUGUCGAGUUCUUUGGAUCGCCUUUCAUGCGCAACGCCCAGGUUGUCAUUGGACUCGUUGUAGGAUUGAUUGUGGCAGCGGCAACUGGAUACGCGGAUGUAUCGACAUUGGAUAGUGCCCCGACGGUGACAUUUUUGUGGGUCAAGAACUUUUCAACGUUCCCCUUAUCGAUUUAUGCGCCGGCCAUUAUUCCGCUUCUGGUCACUUAUAUCUUGACGAUGGUAGAGGCUAUUGGAGAUGUCACGGCCUCGUGCGAGGUGUCGAGAUUGGCGGUUGAGGGUCGGGAGUUCGAGUCGCGUAUCCAGGGCGGUGUUUUGGCAGAUGGAUUGGGAGGCUUCUUAUCUGCGGUCAUGACCAACUCUCCCAUGUCUGUCUUUGCCCAAAACAACGGUAUCAUUGCCUUGACUAGAUGUGCAAAUGCUUCUGCAGGGUACAUGUGCUGUCUGUUCCUGAUUUUGAUGGGUAUCUUUUCAAAAUUCGGCACCUUAUUCCUCAUGAUUCCCGACUCUGUCCUCGGCGGCAUGACCACCUUCUUGUUCGCCAACGUCGCCUCCUCCGGCAUGCGUAUCCUCGCCUUUUUGAAAUGGACCCGUCGGGAUCGCUUCAUCGUCUCAGCCGCCAUUUCCCUUGGCCUCGGUGUGUCGCUCAUCCCCAACGCCCUCACGCACUUUGUCUCCUACACCGGCACCUCAACGGUUCUGCAGGGACUUGCGGACUCUGCAAACAUUAUUCUGUCCACUGGAUUCUGUGUUGGCGCGAUCAUUGCGAUUAUUCUGAACCAGCUCUUGCCAGAGGACAGACCUGAGGCCAAGGAGGAAGAGAUCGCGGAGGGAGUGCGCCAAGCGGACACAAAGAUGGCUGCAAAGAUCGCGGCUGAAAUGGAAGAAGCUGCCAGUGGUGAAAAGGCGGAUAUGAAGCACUUGUAACCCAGGAUGGAGAGCGCACGAUUAAAAUUUGUUUUUCUUUUCUUUUACAAGUAAUACUUACCAUUCCAUCCAUUACGCCGGCAAAAGCUUGAACAAAAAAAAAAAAUGCCGAAAAAGCGCAAAAAUGAAAG